UUGCAAUCGGCAGCUGGUAAGAUCCCAGGCGAAAGGCGAUUGAUUGCUCGACUGCAAAGGCAAGGCUUUCUAGGAACAAGGACGCGCGAAGGAAUGUGUGGGUCAGUGCAAUCGAGCCCGUCGGCGUGCAAAUGGGGCGGUUGGAAGAACCAGAGCGGCUUGAAAUAACUUUUCACCAUCCCGCACCCGAGGAACAGUUUCCUCCAAGCCGAUGCCGUCAAAAUGAGAGGAGCCUUACUCUGAAGAGUCUUCAAAAAUCUGAUUCUCCUGCUAUUUAUUCUGCUUUAAGAAUUCAAGGACAGAAUUCCAUGCUAGCUGUUAACCAGUCCCAUGUACUUUUCACAACCAGCAUGUAAGCUUGGCAGGAGAUCACAGAGGAAGGCAUGUUUCAUCUUGCCCCUUUCUGGCAACGAUUCUAAAGAGGCAAGAGAAGAUGUAAUGACCAAGAACGAAAGCUAAUCAAACAAAGAAAUACUUUGAUCAUUCUAGCCAAAGCGUCAUUUUAUUAUUCUCCGGAAAACAACGCCAUCAUUUACUGAUUCUUCUUUUUUAUUUCAUGCAAACACUUAAAUUUUUAUUCCACAUUUUAAAAAAAAAAUAGAGGAGAGUAGCUUCUUACCAAUUUUUGGUACUUAGAAUUACAUAACAAUUGGUGAAGAAAUUCACAAGGGAUCCCGCAAUGGGAGAAAAAUGCUUGCGUUGCCCCAACUUUGGGGAAAACCUUUUGGGCAAGUCAGAUCAUUCCGAACCUCAGCAAGUCUGCCCCACAGAUAAACUGUAUAAGUGCCUGGAAUGUGGGAAAUGUUUCACUCACAGUAAGAACUUCAGCACCCAUCAAAGGAUCCACACUGGUGAGAAACCUUACAAAUGCCCCGAAUGUGGUAAAAGGUACGGGGCCAGCUCAACCCUGAGUAGACAUCGGAAAAUCCACAUGGAAGAAAAGCCUUACAAAUGUCCAGACUGUGACAAGAGUUUCAGUUACAAAGCAGAUCUCAUCAAGCACCACCGUGUUCACACGGGGGAGAAACCUUAUGUAUGUGGCGAGUGUGGGAAAAGUUUUAGUCAAAGCUCCAAUUUUGUGACUCAUCAGAGAAGCCACACGGGGGAGAAACCUUAUGAAUGUCCCGACUGUGAAAAAAGUUUUAGUGUGAGCUCGAGCCUUAUAGAGCACCAGCGUGUCCACACAGCUGAAAAGCCCUUUUUGUGCCUGGAAUGUGGGAAAAGUUUUAAUCGCAGCUCCCAUCUCAGUGUGCACCAGAGGAUUCACACAGGGGAAAGGCCUUUUCAGUGCCCCGAUUGUGGGAAGGGCUUCACCAUUCUCUCCACUCUCAGUAAACAUCAGAGAAUCCACACAGGAGAGAAACCUUAUAAGUGCCCCAAAUGUGAGCGGAGUUUUCGGGUGAGCUCCAUCCUGACCCAACAUAUUAGGACCCACACGGGAGAGAAGCCGUAUGUUUGCUCCGAGUGUGGGAGGAGCUUCAGUCAAAAAUCGCCUCUUAUUGCUCACCAGAAACUUCACAAUCGUGAAAAACCCUUCCGGUGUUCAGACUGUGGGAAAUGUUUCAAUCGGACCUCCAACCUCCUUAUCCAUGAGAGGAUACACACAAAAGAGAAACCGUACAAGUGCCUUGAAUGUGGGAGAAACUUCAGUUACAGCUCAGUUCUAAUCAAGCACCAAAGAGUGCAUACCUCUGAGAAGCCUUUUAAAUGCCCGGACUGUGGAGAAGGUUUCCAUGUGAACACAAGACUUAUGGUCCAUCAGAGAAUCCACACAGGAGAGAAGCCGUAUAAAUGUCCUGAUUGUGACAAGAGCUUCAACCAGCGAUCCCAUCUCACUUCUCACCAUGGGACCCACACGGGCGAGAAGCCAUUUAAAUGCUUUGACUGUGGGAAGAGCUUCAGUUACAACUCUGGGCUCAUCAUACACCAACGAAUUCACACCGGGGAGAAACCGUAUAAGUGCUCCAACUGUGAGAAAAGCUUCAGCCAAAAAUCUCAUCUCCUGUCGCAUCAGAGGACCCAUAUGGGAGAAAAAUCUUUCAAGUGCCCCGACUGUGGGAAAAGCUUCAGUUACAACUCUGGUCUCAUCAUACAUCAACGGAUCCACACUGGGGAGAAACCAUAUAAAUGUUCUGAUUGUGGAAAGAGCUUCAACCAGAGAUCACACCUUAUUUCGCAUCAAGGCAUUCACACAGGGCAGAAACCAUACACAUGUCAGGAUUGUGGGAAGAGUUUUAGCUUCAAUUCUGGGCUUGUUAUUCAUCAACGGCUUCAUACUGGAGAGAAACCAUAUAAGUGUCCCAACUGUGGGAAGAAUUUCAAUCAGAAAUCGCACCUUAUUUCUCACCAGAGAAUCCAUAUUGGGCAGAAAACUUAAAUUCCAAAGACAAUUCUGUACAGGUUAUUAAUAUUAGCACCAUCUUUGCUCUCUAAAUAGUAGCCUUUUAAGAACAAUGUGUGUCAUCAUCUGUAUGUCCAAAAGCAGUGGACUUAUUUUAGGAUUUUGAAAUUCUAUUUGUACUUACAUGUUCAGUAUUUCAAAAUGUGUAGCAAAAAGAAAAGUCACAACCAAGAGCAGUGGAUAAAACAAGAGGACUAAGGUUAGGGGUUAAUAAGGCUACAAUAAGUAUAAAAAAGCCAGAAAGCUAAGACUUUAACAUUCAUUUUUUAAUUUUAUGAGAAAAUAAUACUGUAGUUUGAAAUGUAAAAGAUUAAUUAGUAAUAGGAAAAUGCUUUAAAAUGAACAUUAAUAUGUUAAUAUAGAUUCUUUGUCUGUAUGAAAUAUAUAGCCCUCUUUCCAAAGUCUCAAGGCAUAGAGAGAAAAAGGAUGGUUGAAUCCCCACUGCUGAACACAUCCUUGAUGCUUUGUUCCUUUUCGGCUUGCAAGUUUGCUAUGCUUAGAUUUGAAAGUGAAAUCUUAUAUUUCUGCAAACAAAAAAAGUCAUAUAACAUGGAAUGCUGGAAUAGAGAUGUGAUACAGAGGUAGUAGCCAUGGGUCAAUCUUCGUUCCUCUAUAGAUACUAGACUAUAUUGUAUGGAGGCAACUUUGGAAUUUCAAAGAGUAGUAAAUCAAGAAUUCACCCUUGUUAAUCUCUAGAUUUUCUCUAAUGCUUUUUAUAGGAGGUUGCCUGUGCAGACUUUAGUAUUUAGAGAAUGCAUUAAAGUUACAAAUGCAAGUUAAAGUACGGUUUGUGUAAAUUAAUACAUAGCUUCAAUUUUGUUCAAUUUAAUCAGUUAGACUUGCUUCUGAGCAUCAUCCAAAGUGCUCCUAAUUGGCUCUACAUUAUUCAAAAAAUUGCCAUACGAGGCUGUCCCCUGCAGUGAUCCUCAGGAAUCCUGUUAUUUGCCCUUGUGUGACACCAGUAUGUGUAAUUCCCUGCUCCAAGUGAUCUGUUGACCCUUUAUUUAAUAGUGGUCAAAAUUGGUAUUUUAAAAGAAACAUUUUGUUCUCUUUCCAUGCCUUUUGUUAUUCUAAUUUUUGAAUAUUUGAUCUAGGUUCCAGAUUGUUUAUAAAUGGUUGUUAUUCUUGUUGUUAUUACUACAUUGGAUCCAGACUUAGUCACACUUAAACACCCCCCCACACACACUGAAACCAGAGAAGGUUAAGAUCACUGUAACUAACCUGUACCACUGAUUUGAAUGUGCUUAUGUGUAACUAUGACAAGUGUAUGGGUUUCUUCAGUUGUUGAGCUCCAAUUUUCAACAGCACUUGGCAUUAUGGUCACCAGUGAGAGACGGUGGAAAUUGCAGCCUAACAAUAUCUGGAAGGUCACUGGUUAUCCAGUCUUGGACUACUUUAGUAUUUUGGAUGCUGUCUGCUGCCUUGAGAACAAGGGGCUGAGAAUAUUAAAUGUAAAUAUUAAGUCAAUUGUAAAUAUUAAGUCAGUCAGUAUUACAUUUUCAAACAUUGAUCAUUACAGCUUAAUCACAACUCUUCUGUACAUAUAACAUUGCCGAUUAGAAUAGUGUAUGCCGUAGUUUUUAAAGUACUGAAAAUGUUUCCUUGCAAUAAGUGGGGAGUAUACAAUGUUAAAAUGCAUUUUAAAAAGAUAUUCUGAUCAUGGUUGUUUGCUUAGAUGUUUACUUUUUACCAUUUUCUCUCCCUCCUGUCAGGCUAAGUCCAAGGUUGACAGAACAAUUCAGCUAGAGUUCAGUGCUUGAUUUGCUUACAGCUAAUAGACAGAACCUUGCCAGUCCAAAUCCUUACUACGCUCACCUUAACAAAUAUACCUUCAGAGAUCCUAAGGAGUGGCUAUUCUUACUCUCUUCCUCUGUCUCCUAUCCAGCCUCUUGGGCUGUGCUGCCUCUUGUCUCGCUCGUCUUUCUCAUUAUGCUCCCUCCUUCCUGAGAAACUACCACUGCACUGUAGUCCAUCACACUAACUCUCCCUUUGAGGGUACUCUCUCUCUCUCUCCUCAAAAUCAAAUGUAGCCAUUACAACCCUAAGACAAUUUACUUGCUUGAAUUAAUUUUUAACAACACAAGUAAAAGUUGUUUUUUUUAAAAACAACAACCUUGUACCAUGCAGGAGAAGUCACUUUUCAUGUGCCAGAUGGUUGAAACUUUGACAAAGGUGAAUCUUCAGAACAGCUUUUCCUGCUAUUCUGAGUAGUCAAGUUCAUAGCAAGAGAGGCGAUUCCAUAGAUCAGGGGUGCCAAACUUGAUUUCAUUGAGGGCUGCAUCAGGGUUGUGUUUGACCUAGGGGUCUGUGUGGCCAGGGUGU